CAUGAUAGGGUUCAGGCGAAUAAUGGAGUGCUGACGAUCAGUAGCUUGAAUCUGGCUGACAUCGGCAUGUACCAGUGCGUGGCAGAGAACAAGCAUGGCCGAAUCUUCACCAACGCCGAGCUCCGAGUCAUAGCUAUCGCUCCAGACUUCUCCCAGAACUUGUUGAAGGCCCAAACUCUAGCCCGACAGGGUGGCGACAUUCUGAUCGAAUGCAAGCCUAAGAUGUCUCCCCGGGGAGUAAUUUCUUGGAGGAAGGGGAAGGAAGCCCUAAGAGAGAACCACAGUACCAGAGUUACUGUGUUGGAUAAUGGCAGCCUACGGAUUUCCAACGUUACUAAAAUGGAUGCUGGACUCUACACAUGUGUAGCCAGAAACCAGUUUGGGGUAGCCAGCAGUGCUGGCAGCCUAUUGGUUAAAGAGCCAACUUUGAUCACCAGUCCAGCAGGUCAUCUGGACGUAACCGUAGGUGAGAGCAUUGUGCUGCCCUGCCAAGUGUCUCAUGACCCCACGCUGGACCUCAAGUUCACCUGGUUCUUCAAUGAGCAGCUAAUCCACUUUGGAAGCCACUGGGCAUAUUUUGAAAAAGUUGGUGGGCGCUCAGCUGGAGACAUCAUGAUCCGGAACAUUCAACUGAGGCAUGCUGGGAAAUAUACAUGUGCCGUUCAGACCAAGGUGGACAGUGUGUCUAUUGCCACUGAUGUGGUAGUCAGAGGUCCCCCAGGCCCCCCUGUGGACUGUCAGGUAACUGAUAUGACAGAGACCACUGCUUCUCUGUCCUGGGGACCCGGGAUGGACAACCACAGCCCCAUCCUCAGCUACACCAUCCAGGCCAGAACGCCCUUCUCUCUGGGAUGGCAAGCUGUAACCACCGUUCCAGAGCUGCUCAAGGGAAAGCAGCUGUCAUCUACUGUCAUUGACUUGAGUCCCUGGGUGGAGUACGAGUUCAGAGUCCUGGCAACCAACAGCAUAGGAACAGGAGAGCCCAGCAAACCCUCCAAAAAGGCCCGCACCAAAGAAAUGCUUCCCAGGGUGACUCCGGCCAGAGUGAAUGGUGGUGGUGGAGGACGUUCAGAGCUGGUCAUCACGUGGGAGCCUGUUCCUGAGGAGCUGCAAAGCGGUCCGGGCUUUGGCUACGUGGUGGCUUUCCGCCCACUCGGGGCGCAGGGCUGGAUGCAGGCUGCUGUCACGUCCCCGGAUGCCUCUAGAUAUGUCUUCAAGAAUGAGAGCAUCCCUCCCUUCUCCCCUUACCAAGUCAAAGUGGGGGUUUACAACAACAGAGGGGAAGGCCCUUUUAGUCCAGUGACCACCAUCUACUCAGCAGAAGAAGAGCCCAGCAGAGCUCCAGGGAGGCUGAGGGCAAAGAGUGUGUCAGCAUCCGAGGUAGAGGUCACCUGGAAGCCGCUGGCCUGGAGCAACAACCGCAGACGCAUCCUGGGCUAUGAGUUGCAGUACUGGGGUGAGAGGACUAAACAGGACACAGCCAGUGUGAUCAGGACAGUAGGGAAUAAAACGUCAGUACUCAUCAGGGAUCUGGAGGGCAGAAGCACAUAUCACAUGUCUCUGCGGGCCUAUAACAGUGCUGGAGUGGGUCCACAGAGCAUCAUAGUCAAUGUCACAACCAAGAAACCACCACCGAGUCAAGCCCCGGUCAAAAUCAUGUGGGACACUUCCAACUCCAAGGUCAUCCUGAGGUGGGACCAAGUGCAUGCUCUGGAGAAUGAGUCAGAAGUCACAGGAUAUAAGGUGAUGUACAGCCAGGACAAAAACAGCCGUCCCAGUGUGGUGGAGACCAACACCACCUCCUUGGAGUUGUCACUGCCGGUCAACCAGGACUACGUUAUCCAGAUCAAACUCAGUGAGGGAGGGGAAGGCAGCAGCAGCCGCCAGAUUACCAUCCCCAAGAUAGCAGGCUUCAUAGCCACGGGAGCAGCCCCAGAGUCUUCUGCAUUUCCCUUGGUUAACCUUGCAGCAUUAAUCCUCACAGCCAGGACUGUACUAUGACAAACAUCUGCAUCAACCAGGUACUACAGCUGCUUAUUAAGAAGAGAAACAGCUGGUCAGAGACAACAAGAGACUGACAGCCACAUUUCCACCUGCUCCCUCCUUUACUGUGUCUUUUCUCUUCUUUCUACAAAGAUCUCUUUGUGAGGAUUUUUUUCCCCUCCACCUUUUAAAAGGAAUUGAAAAGAACUGGCUUUUUCAGUAGUUGCUUUUCUGGAAGUGAAAGGACACCGUGACUCUACAGCAGUCUCUUUGAAGAUGUUUCUUUCUUUGCUCCCUUCUGACCAGUGGAUAUUCUCAUAUGGUUUUAAGCUUGAAGGCCCAGUGGUGUGUGAUGCACAAUGUAUUUCCUGUGGGACUGCGCAGGUUCGGUUAAACGGAUAUUGUAUGUACCUCUGGACUUUUCAUGGAUGCUGGAAUUAGAAUUUGGGAUGAAGGAGACCUUACAUAGCUCAUUGUAAUGUGAGUGAAGUUAUAUUUUAACUACGUUCAAGACAAGAAAAUUGUUUUCCCCUUUCUUUUUGGGAAACCUGCUGCACUGUCUAAGAAGAAAAACCACUAUUAUCCCUGCCAAGCUAAGCCUCAUUGCUUGAUGAAAAAAAACAACCAUUUGGGACCUUUGUAAUUUUGCCAUGCCUUUACGUUACUCCACAUUACAUUGAAACCUCAAGAGUUGCCAUGAAACUGACUUUAACCAAAGGUAUUGAGCCAACAAGGUUCAGUUCCACCUGUUGUAUCAUUGUGAAAAAAUGCAGUGUGUACACCCUCUAUAUGGCUUCCGUUGUAAACAGCAGACUUGUUUUGAUUAAUUGAUGUCUUACCUUCCUCCCUCACCCAUGAUAAGUGUGUAACAAAGGCACGCUGAGCCACAUUGUUGUACACUGUAUGUAUGAAAUCCUCAGGUCCCAAAUGCGCCUUAAGUCUUAUGAUUAUUAUCCAUGAUGUUAUUAUUUAAGAGUUUUAUUUAUUGUCCUCCUUUGUUUAUCCAAAUUUUGUUUCAGCUCACUCAUACUGUAAUUUAUGAAUAACUGACCUUACUGUACGCUGUAUGGAUUCUUCACUUUUGUUACUCUUUAGAUCAUAUUCUUUGGGCCAGAAACAUGCCUUUUUCCUAUGUCUUUCAUAAUGAGCAUUGUAAUACAGUACAAGUGACAGUAAUUACUGACUUUUCUAUAAUAGCUUAUUACAAAGUAGGGGUGGUAUUUUACUGUCAGCUGCUGUUUGGCAUGAGAUUGGUCAGUGUACGUACCUAUGUUGCUAAGGAUGUCUGAAUGGAUCAA